GUUGUCCUGGCCGGAAGGAACCAUGAAUUGGCAUUUUCCCUUCUUCCUCGUGGCCACCGUGACCCUGCCUUCCGUCUGCUCGCAGUUCAACGCUCUGGCUCUGGAGGAACUGAACUCCGACACCGGAAUCCAGGUCUUCAACCAGAUCGUCAAGACCCGGCCUCAUGACAACAUCGUGGUGUCCCCCCACGGCAUCGCGUCCAUCCUGGGGAUGCUCCAGCUGGGGGCCGACGGCAGGACCAAGAAGCAGCUCACCACAGCCAUGAGAUACGGGGUGAACGGCGUCGGGAAAGUGUUGAAGAAGAUCAACAAGGCCAUCGUCUCCAAGAAGAACAAGGACGUGGUCGCCGUGGCCAACGCCGUGUUCGUGAAGAACGGCUUCAAGAUGGAGGCGCCCUUCGUGGCCCGCAGCAAGGACGUGUUUCAGUGCGAGGUCCGGAACGUGAACUUCGCCGACCCGGCCUCCGCCUGUGACAACAUCAACUUGUGGGUGAAGAAUGAGACCCGGGGUAUGAUCGACAACCUGCUCUCCCCGGACCUGAUCGACGGCAGUCUCACCAGGCUGGUCCUGGUCAACGCCGUCUACUUUAAGGGCUUGUGGAAAUCGCGGUUCCAGCCCGAGAACACGAAGAAGCGGACGUUCGUGGCGGCGGACGGGAAGGUCUAUCAGGUGCCCAUGCUGGCCCAGCUCUCCGUGUUCCGCUGCGGGUCGACGAGCACCCCCGGGGACUUGUGGUAUAACUUCAUCGAGCUGCCUUACCACGGGGAGAGCGUCAGCAUGCUGAUUGCGCUGCCAACCGAGAGCUCCACCCCGCUGUCUGCCAUCAUCCCGCACAUCAGCUCCAAGACCAUCGACAGCUGGAUGAGCACCAUGGUGCCCAAGCGGGUGCAGGUGGUUCUACCCAAGUUCACCGCUGUAGCACAGACAGAUUUGAAGGAGCCACUCAGAGUUCUGGGCAUCACUGAGAUGUUUGAUCCAUCGAAGGCUAAUUUCGCAAAAAUAACAAGGUCAGAAAACCUUCACGUUUCCCACAUCUUGCAAAAAGCAAAGAUUGAAGUCAGUGAAGAUGGAACCAAAGCUUCAGCAGCCACAACUGCGAUUCUCAUUGCGAGGUCAUCGCCUCCCUGGUUUAUAGUAGACAGACCUUUUCUAUUUUUCAUCCGACAUAAUCCCACAGGUGCUGUCUUAUUCAUGGGGCAGAUAAACAAACCCUGAAGAGUAUACAGGAAAACCUUGAAGAGCAAAGAAGACUUUGCCAUGAAGACUCUUUCCUACAUCUUUCAUAGUUCUGUUAAAUAUUUUUGUACAUUGCUUUCUUCUUUGAAACUAGUUCUUAGGAACAGAGACUCCAUGACGCAGGCAUUUCUGCGAUGAGAUGUGUCCGAGGAGAAAGGAACAGGCUGGCUGGGAUACUGUACUGAGGAAUGACUAGAAAGGCUUCAGAAUGUCUCAGAGAUUCUUUAAACUACUGAGCAGCUCCCUAGGUUAACAACCCUCUUGAGUAUUUACUGUCCAGUUCAGGAGUUUUGUUUAUAUGUGUAUCUUUCCAGAAGAAAUUUAAUCAGCGUAACAAGAAAAAAAAAAGACAUUUUAUGGUAGCUUUUUUUAUGAAAUGUUAUUGGCCGUUUAAAUUCUUUUUUUGUUCCAUCCAAAGUCUUGAUAAUAGUAAGCAUUAUUGGGGUGGGGGGGUAGAAAUAGCUAAAUCUCUAGCCUCUUGGUGUUUUUAUGAUUGUUGCUGUUUUAUAUAAUGCAUGUAUCCACUAAAAUAAAGUUUAAAAAACUAAUGUCUUGCUAGGCAAAGUUUGCUGUCGUGCGGUGUGCCUGUCACUGCUGGUCUGUACUCCUGGAUUUGCAUUUUUGUAUUUUGUACAAAGUAAAAAUAAAGUGUUAUGAGUAGUUAAAAAAAAAAA